CACAGAGAAGUUGCUUUAUAACAUACUUAACUUAAAGUGAUGCUCCAGAACUUUUGUAUAAUUUCAGAAAGUAGGUUUGCAAAACUGGGUUCCCGAAAAUGGUGCACUACGUAAUCCGUACGAUAUGUUACGUCUGGCAAUUAUAAUUGUUUUUUUUGCAAUUCGUAUGUUAAUGUUACAAAUUGUAAUUUACGUACAAUAUGUUACGAAGUGUUUAAGAUCUCGGACUGCAUCUUUAAAUACCCCCCCUCAGACACCCACACCAGCCCUCUGGCCAAUGAGGGAGGGGCGAACGAGGGACUCAGCCGACUCACCCUGAGGGAUGAGAGAGCAGAGAGGAGGCGGAGGAACAGGAAGAGCUCCGAGAGGAGUACGGGAGGAAGAGGAGAGAGGAAGAGGAGGAGGAAGAGCUCCGAGAGGAGUACGGGAGGAAGAGGAGAGAGGAAGAGGAGGGGGAGGAGUCAGAAGGAAGAGGAAGAGGGGAAUCUGUCCUUAGAGAGUAGCACCACGCUGAUCGACACGUUACAGACCCCACAAUGCAACAGUAGAGAGCCAAGUCCUGAUCCAGUUGCAGAGAGGUUUGUACAGCUGGGUUGUCUGGGAGGCGGAGGCUACGGGAUCGUCUACGCUGGUUACCGUAGAGAAGACAACCUACCUGUGGCUAUAAAACGUGUCCCCUUGGCCAAAGUGUUACGCAUACCGGUGACUCAGGAUGGACAGCAGGUGGAGUUUCCCUUGGAGGUGGUCUUACUGAGGAUCGUGGGAGGUAGGGGUGAGGCUACGGGGGAGGGGAUGGGUGAGGUUGUCCCUCCUCCCCGUGCUGCGGUGGCCUUGCUGGACUGGUUUGAGCUGGAUCGGGAGUUGGUGCUGGUUCUGGAGAGACCAGUUCCCUGUAUGGACCUCUAUGACUACAUUCAGAUGAGAGGAGGAACUCUGCAGGAGGAACACGCCAGGGUCAUUCUGAGGCAGCUAGUUGAAGCGAUGAGAGAGGUCCAUUCCAGAGGUGUUCUCCAUCGUGACCUCAAACCGGAGAACGUUCUAGUAGAAACCGGUUCCACCUCUCCUCGGAUCAGGGUCCUAGACUUCGGCUGCGGCUGCAUUCUCAGAGACGGGCCUUACACAGAGUGUUACGGUACGUCCCAGUACACCCCUCCAGAGUGGUUUCUGAGCGAGUCGUACCGGGCCGGUCCCUCCACCGUGUGGCAGCUGGGGGUUGUGCUGUACGACAUGCUGUGUGGGGACCAGCCCUUCAACACACGACGAGAGAUCAUCUAUGAAGAGCCUUACAUCAGGGACCAACUGUCCAGACACUGUGUGGAUCUGUUGAGGAGGUGUCUGGCGAAGCGACCCCGAGGACGGCCCACUCUGGACGAGAUGUUACUCCACCCCUGGCUCCAGCCGGACACACCCCCUGGCUCCAGCCGGACACGCCCCCUGGCUCCAGCCGGACACGCCCCCUGGCUCCAGCCGGACACGCCCCCUGGCUCCAGUGAACCGGACACUCCUCCUGGACAGACCUGCAGCUUGUCACCUGAACCCGACAUAAACAUAGAUUUUUAAAACAUUUUUUUGAACCGUCUUUGAAAAUUGACUCCUUCAAUGUGAAAAUAUAAACUUUGAACAAUUAUCAUACUUUUAUCUUUCGUGAUUUGUUACUCUGUCACACACACACACACACACACACCAUCAGACUGUUAAAUAGUCACCAGUAGCCAGCCGCCGCCCAGUACCCAACGCUGAUCUUUAUUAACAGCCGGCUCCCACCAAGGUACUCUACCCUGGUUCCACCCGGUGCUCUACCCUGCACCACCCGGUAUUCUACCCUGCUACCACCCGGUACUCUACCCUGCUACCACCCGGUAUUCUACCCUGCUACCACCCGGUAUUCUACCCAGCACCACCCGGUAUUCUACCCAGCACCACCCGGUACUAUACCCUGUACCACCCGGUACUCUACCCUGCUACCACCCGGUACUCUACCCUGCUACCACCCGGUUCUCUACCCUGCUACCACCCGGUA